CCUACGGCAGCAACGGCCAAAUAUGUGGAUGGAUUAAAUAACAAGCUCCCCGCCGCCCCACCCCCCCACAUCGCAGGAACACAUACACACACAGACGGAUGGGAAUUGCAGGGGCAACGCCAGCCUGAAGCUGCAGCCGUGAGAUGGCAGAGAGCCCGCAGGAGCCCGGGCUGAACACAGGAAACGAAGCGGAGAGCAGGGAACAAGGCGACAAGGCGGAGGGAGCCCAGCUCAACCUGCUGGAGACGUGCGCCGUCUGCAAGCAGAAUUUCCAAAGUCGAGAUCCCAAACUGCUGCCAUGUUUGCACUCCUUCUGCAAGAAGUGUCUGCCCGAGCCUCAGAGGCACUUGGUGCUGCAGGGCUCGGGCAGCCUGGCCGACUCCUCUCUCCAGCAGCAGCAGCAGCAGCAGAUUGGUGUGAUCCGUUGCCCAGUCUGUCACCAAGAAUGCCGACAGCCUGAUAUUAUAGACAACUACUUCGUGAAGGACACAACAGAAGUGCCAAGUAGCACAGAUGAAAAAUUCAACCAGGUCUGCACAAGCUGCGAGGACAAUGCUGAAGCCAAUGGUUUCUGUGUCGAGUGUCUUGAGUGGCUUUGUAAAACCUGCAUCGAGGCUCACCAGAGAGUCAAGUUUACAAAAGACCACACUGUGAGACAGAAGGAGGACGUGUCUCCAGAGGCGGUCAGUGUGUCCAACCAGCGGAUGCUCUUCUGCCCCGUUCACAGACAGGAGCAGCUUAAGCUUUUCUGUGAGACCUGCGAUCGGCUGACGUGCCGGGACUGCCAGCUUUUGGAACACAAGGAGCACAGGUACCAGUUUCUAGAAGAGGCCUUCAACAAUCAGAAGGUCAUCAUCGAUACACUGACAGCCAAACUGCAGGAGAAGAGAAACUAUAUCCAGUACACGGCCAGUCAGAUCCAGAACAGGAUUAAUGAAGUAAAUGAAAACUGUAAGAAAGUUGAGCAGGACAUCAAAGUGGCCGUCUUCACACUAAUGAUCGAGAUCAACAAGAAAGGGAAAGCUUUGUUGCAACAGCUGGAGAGUGUAACCAAAGACCGCCAAGCAAAACUUCUCCAACAGCAACUUGAGAUCUCUGGGCUCUCGAAGCAAGUGGAGCAUGUCAUGAACUUUGCAAAAUGGGCUAUCUCCAACAGAAGCAGCAUAGCCCUGCUGUAUAGCAAACGACUGAUCACCUUUCAGCUGAGGUACAUUCUUCGGGCUCGAUGUGAUGCCUCCCCGGUGGCUACCAGCUCUGUCCGGUUUCACUGUGACCCAACCUUCUGGGCCAAAAACGUUCUCAACUUGGGUUCCCUGGUCUUGGAUAAGAGUCCAGUUCCAUCCAGCAGUGGUCCUAAUGUGCCAACGGGACCAAGCCUGCAGCCCCAGGACAAUAACACGGGCAAGGUUCAAGGGCAGAUUAACCUGGCCCAGUUGCGCCUGCAGCACAUGCAGCAGCAAGCCAUGGCUCAGAGAAUUCAGCAGCGCAUGCACCAGAUGAGACCCAUCUUACCAGGUGCCCAGCAGCCCAGGUCUCAAGGCCCAACCCUGGCUCAGCAACAGCCACCUCUGUCUCCUAGCAACCAGUCCCUGCAGCCACCUCGCCUCAUCAGUCUACAGAGCCUGCAACGGGGUAAUCCGGGCGCUCCAGUCCCAGCAGCACAGCAGAGCCGAAUGCCACCUAGCAAUGCCAGCAAGAUGACCAGCCCCCAGCAGCAGAGCGGGCCACAGCACCAUGUGACGACAAGCCCCCUGCUGAGACAGCUGGAUGAUGCAGGGACUGUACUGCUGGAAAGCCUUCUGGUCAGAGAAAAGAAUGGCAACUGCAUGCCAGCAAGGCCCUUGGCAACCAGCUCAAACCCUUCUCCAGCUCCUUCCAUGCCCUCGCCUGGACAUACAGGGUCAGUGACGGUCACCAGUGUGCACCCAUCUGGGUACACUUCAAGCAGCUCCAGCACUGGCAGCAGAGGGAGUUGUACCUCAUCGAGCAGACUAUUAAAGCCUGAACUUCAGCAGAUGACACCAACCAUUCGCCUCGAGUCAAUUAAAGUCAAGCAGGAACCCAUGGCUGAAGAUGACUUGUGCGAUUUCCCCAUCAUUGUUGUGAAGCAAGAGCCUGGGGAGGAGGUUACUGAGCCUGGCCUGCUAGUGAACCAGCAGAACAACACCGCAGCUCUCCCACACAAUAAACUGGCGAUGGAUAGGCGGAUGGGGGCUCAGCAAGACAGCAUGACCAAAGGGGACCCUCCAGACAGCACGGCCUCCCCCUCUUCCAACACCACCCCCCCUCAGGACAGGCAGACCCAGCCCUGUGGUGCCUCUCACAAGUCCACCCGGGCAGGAGCUGAGAACAGUAAGGAGGAUGAUCCAAAUGAAGACUGGUGCGCUGUCUGCCAGAAUGGAGGUGACCUGCUCUGUUGUGAAAAGUGCCCCAAAGUCUUCCACCUUGUCUGCCAUGUGCCGACUCUCCUUGCCUUUCCAAGUGGCGAGUGGAUCUGUACAUUUUGCCGUGACCCCAUGAACCCCGAGGUGGUGUAUGACUGUGACGAGCAGUGGCAGGCGGGUGAGAAGCGGAAAGGGGGUGGAGCUCCAGAGAUGCCCCCAGUUGAUCAGAGGAAAUGUGAGAACCUGCUGCUCUCCAUGUACUGUGAUGAAAUGAGUGUCGCCUUUCAAGAACCAGUUCCCGCUUCAGUUGUUCCUGACUACUACAAGAUUAUAAAGAAACCAAUGGACAUGUGCACUGUGAAGAUUAAACUGCAGCGGCAACAUGCACAGCACUAUCAGAGAGCUGAGGACUUUGUGGCAGAUAUCAGGCUCAUCUUCAGGAACUGUGAGGAAUUCAAUGAGCCUGAUUCUGAAGUCGCCCACGCUGGAAGAGCCUUGGAGCAGUACUUUGAGACAAGGCUCCUGACACUGUUUCCCGAUAGGUUAUUCCCACCGCUGCCGCCCUCCAAAUCCGACUCUGAGCGCACGAAGGCCAACCUUGAUUCAGACGAGGAUGAUGAAGACAUCGUUCAGCCCCGGAGAAAGCGUUGCAAAGGAAGAGAGAGCCCCAUCUUCAUCAAAUGACUGCGAAAGAAUUCUCUUAUUAAAUAGACUUGCUGAGGACUGUACUAUUUGUAUCAGGAAAUUGAUAUUUAAGAGAAACAAUGCUUGAAAAAAUCUAGUUAGUGACGAACACUAUUCUGUAUUAGAGUUACAACCAGCAGGUGGUAAAUUAAAUACAUUUCUGCUACCUCACAGAUUAUGUCUGCC